CACAUAUGCUGCACCACCCCUUACAUAUUUUGCAAAUGUAGACUUCAACAUGUUGGAAGUUGUUGGACUUACAUAUGCCGCCAUGGAAGUUAAAUGGUCAUUUACGGCAUAUAAUGAUACUCUUUUAAGUUAUUUUGAUUAUUAAUGAUAAAUUGAUUCAAAUUCAGACUUUUAGUUUUUCAAUAUAGUGAAUUGAUUUUACAAUUAAUUAAUUUACAUUUAUAAUGCUUAAAAAAGCUCAAUUAGUAAAUUGGCUGUUGGAAUUCUCCCUGAAACUCAAUCUUUUCUUAUUAUAUAUAUCGACAUAAUUCAAUCUUCAACAAUCAGCAGUGAAAAAUCAAAGAAAAAGAAAAAAAAUGGAAGAUGAAGAGAAUGAAACGGUAAUUUUAAAGCUUCUGAUUGAUUCAAAAACAAACAAAGUAUUAUUCGCAGAAAGUGGGAAAGAUUUUGUGGAUUUCUUAUUCCAUAUAAUGUCUUUACCAGUUGGUACUAUCAUCCGACUCUUAACUGCCAAGGGCAUGGUGGGUUGUCUAGGAUCGCUUUACAAUAGCAUCGAGACUCUCAGCACUGAUUAUUUUCAACCAAAUCUGAACAAAAACACUUUAUUGAAGCCAACUGUAUCUGUCAAUGUUCCUUUACUUUCAUUAAAUGGUGCGAAUACAGCAUCCCACAAGAAAAUGUAUCUGUGCUGCUAUUGUCGUCGAAAUUAUACAGACUGUUCAGGGGUAAAAUGUAAGAGCUGCAAUCAGCAAAUGUCGACUGAGCUGAAUUAUAUCGCGCCCCCAGCGGAUUCUCAGAAUGCGUCAUCAAGCAUUGGGAUUGGAAGUGAUGGAUAUGUGAAGGGAGUGGUAACUUAUAUGGUUAUGGAUAAUUUGGAGGUUAAACCCAUGUCUACCAUUUCUAGUAUUACUCUUAUGAAUAAAUUUGGUGUUAAGGAUGUUUCUCUUUUGGUUGAGAAAGAAGUUCAAGUUCGCCUUAAUGAGGGAUUAGCGAUGUUGAAGGCGUCGAUGGAGACCAACAUUGUAUUGACCACUGUGUUCCUUCGUAAGAAGCGUUCCAUCUAAAGCUUUGAUCUUCCGGUUAUUUUAUAGUAGCAGGCAGCACCCUAGCAGGAAUAUAUUACUCUUGUAAUGCUUUUAUAAAUUGCAAUUGAAGUAUUAUUAUUAUCUACUAAUUAAUUACAAGUUUAAUUAAUGAUCAUGUAUGAUGUAAUGAACUAUCGAUAUGAAUCCUAUAUAUUUUACAAAUUAAAUU